AUGCCGUCUUUGGAUUUAAAGACAGGAAGUGUAAAUAACUAUAUUACCGAGUUUCUAAAGGAGAUCGAUGACAUCUUUCUAAAUCCUGAAUUUAACACAUUGGAUUAUGUGCUAAACAUGAUGAACAGGUCUCAAACAACUGAGGGAGAGAAGAGGGAAAUGGAAUUUUUAGACAAACAACAGCAGGUGAUCGAGAAGUGUUUAGUGCCUGUUGUUCAAGCCUAUUAUAAUGACUACAACAAGAGCUUAGCGAGUUUAACAGCAAUUUGUGAUGAUUUCCGCAAAAACCAGGCAGAGGUGAUAGAAUUAUCGAAGCGCAUCCAAGACGUGAAAUCUAAAAUGUCUGGGAAUCGCGGCGGCAUUAAAGAUUUGUUUUAUGAAAGAGUGGGGCUUGUUACUGCACUCUUGAAGGAAUACACUCUGAAAUCCCUUAAGAACGUGGAGUAUAUUCGCCAAGCUCCGAAAAUCAUGGAUUCUCUGAUCUCGAGUCGACUCUUCAUUCGAGCGAGCAAUCUCUACAACGAAGUGGCGACUCUCGUGAACGACAAGAGCAUCUCCAGCAUUCCAACGAUCAUAACGCUGCAAGCCCUGUGGGAGACGAAGCGAAAGGAUUUGGAGAAUGUGAUGAUGGACACGCUGCUUUCGUAUUGA